GAAGGAGUGAUUUUGAUUAUUUACUUGUAAAUGUAAUAAACGUCAAAUAUAGCAAAUGUUUUGUUAAUUUGAUAAAGAAUUACCUACUAAGUACUUGUAUUUAUUAAAAUUGACUUCGAUAUUGUGUCAUUGAUUGAUCGAUACUAAAUUUUGUCUAAGAGUAGGAGGCUACAUUAAUUAAAAUAAUGUCAUUAAUUACUUUUGUUUCGUAAAUAUACGUAGCUAGAUACAUCCCUUCUCUGUCUUUACACGUGUAGAGAGAGGGUAAAGUAGCAAAAUACGCAAAAUAAUUUCAGUUGGAGCCAAAAUUAGAAACUGAAAUGCUUACUCCAAAUGAUUUGCAUUUUGAACGUUGACGCAGUGUAGUCUAACACAGUUAUCUAAAUCUAAAUAUGUAUCUUUAAAAUUAUUUUAAACAAUAAAACAUCAGAUUUUCUACAAUGACCGUCCCCACAGCCGAAGUAGCUCCAAAUCAAAUUGAUGUCCUACCAGACGAGUUACUGAUUAACAUUUUUAAAUUCCUGCCAAUAGAGACUAUACUAGAGUGUGAGAAUGUAUGCAGUAGAUGGAAGAAAUUGUCGCGUGACCCCGCGCUCUGGAGAGGGAUUGUAUUCGUUUACUCCGGGAAACCUGGACAAAGCGAAGUAAGCGAGAAAAACUUGCAAAUCAUAGAAACUCAUAGUGAAUGUAUACGCUGUCUUAAAAUACAGUAUGUUUACAGUUACCCUGUGAUCAAAUCGAUUAUUGAGCAGUGCCAUAAUAUCAUAUCACUUGAACUUGUCAUGUGUCGCAUUGCCAAAGAUUUCGAAGAUGAUAUCACGAGGUGGCCCAAUUUAAGGAAAAUUAACUUGAAAAAUUCCCUCGUUUUGAUGAAUAAUGUAGACGUAUUGGUCCCGUACGAUAAUUUUAAAUAUUUGAACUAUUUGGCUUUGUCUGAUUUUGGUCUUCCAGUCGCGACCCGCGACAGUUUGCUGCGUUGUAAUUAUCUCAGUCAAAUUUACAUAGAAAAAGUAAAAAAUCUCGACAUAGACUAUGUGAAAAAAUUGAUUAGUUCGAAAAUGUUAAUUCUUACCGCUCUGCACAUUUACGGCGGCGACUCUGUUAAUGACGAAUGUUUGUUAAUGUUGUCGCACUGUAAUUUAUUGAAAGAUCUCGCAAUCAUACGCUGUGAGAGUCUGACAGAUGCAGGUCUUAUCAAGUUGGCAGAUCUGAAACAGAUACAACAUUUACAAAUCUGGAAUAACGUGAACUUUACCGAACACAAUUUGCACAGGACACUGAGCAGUCCGAAUCUAGUCAAAUUGGAAAGCUUGAGUUUAUCGAGAAUAGGUAAUAUUUCACCUGUGAUAGUCGAUGUGAUCUCUGAAUAUUAUAAAAAUCUGAAAUUUCUUGCUGUUUACCAGUGCCCUAGAAUUAUUAACACUGAUUACGAAAAACAGUUAAAAUCAAAAUUUAGAAAUAUUGAUGUUGUUUUGUAUUGAAUACGAACAUGAAAUUUUCUUUAAUAAACCUCCAUAAAAUGGAGCUUGAUUGGCUAUUUUAAUUAAGAAUCGUGGUAAUGAGACUUGAGAAUGAAUUAUAAUUCUCUAGCGUUUUAUUUGUCGGUUUGAACUUAUGUCUUCUUCAAAAGUACAGGGUGUUACAAAAUCCCCCAAAUUCCGGUAACAAAAAAGGUUCGAUAUCAAAAUAAACACAAUUCGCAAAAGCAUAUUCAGAGUAGGUAAUUUCAAUGCAACAAUUUGCAAAAAAUAAUACAUAAAAAAUACGCAUUGAAAAAUAUCGACUACUGAAUAUCGCAAUCGUACUUGAUCAUUUGAUUAUAUUUGAUUAC